AUGGUUUCCACCGCGUCUCGCAAGGUCUUCUUUACUCGUAAUGUGCCGUAUGCAAUAGAGCAAUUCCGUCAGCGACGUGGGCAGGCUCUUUUCGAUCCGCUCUUGGAUGAGUCUUUUGCUUCUGAGGAUUGCAGCAUCCCACGCCAAGAAUUUCUCGAGCGGGUAAAAGGAUGUGCAGGAAUCUUUUGCCUGAUAACGGACAAAGUUGAUGCUGAAGUUCUAGACGCUGCUGGGCCUGCUCUUCGUGUGGUCUCCACAAUGUCCGUUGGCUACAACCACAUCGAUGUGGAUGCUUGUCGAUCGCGUAACGUGAAAGUCGGUUACACCCCCGGUGUGUUGGACGCUUCGACUGCUGAGACAGCGGUUGCACUAACAUUUGCAACCAAACGACGACUGCUCGAGUGCGCGGCAAGCGCUAAAGCUGGAGAGUGGGGUGUCUGGCGGCCAUUCAAGUAUUGUGGAUCCGAUGUCACUGGCAGCACGGUUGGCGUAGUUGGUCUCGGACGGAUUGGAACGACGUAUGCACGCAUGAUGAAAAACGGCUUCAACUGCAAGAUUCUGUACACUGGACCACGUGAGAAGCCCGGCAACGUUAAGUCGUUAGGAGGCGACCUCGAUUCUGUCAAGUUUGUGGACAUGCAGACGCUGUUGCGUGAAAGUGACAUCGUAAGUCUUCAUCAGCCACUAACAGAUGUGACUCACGGAAGCUUUGGUGUGAGAGAGCUAGAAGUUAUGAAACCUAGCGCUGUUUUGAUAAACACUGGUCGAGGCGAGCUAGUAGAGCAGGAUGCGCUUGUGCAAGCUCUCAGAGCCAAGUCAAUUGCAGCUGCUGGCUUGGAUGUGACGACGCCAGAACCGCUCUCCCCUACUCAUCCAUUGUUUGCGCUGAAUAAUUGCGUUGUGAUGCCACACAUCGGCUCAGCCACGAUGAAGACUAGGCAAGCCAUGGCGGAUAUCGCUGUUGCUAAUCUCAUUGCCGGUGUCCGAGGUGAAGAGUUGCCAGCUGGAGUGUGCUAG